AUGCGCAUUGAUGCUAAUUUACGAGGACCGUUCUUAUUAUGGAGUCAAGAAGAAAAUUUUAAAUUACAAGAAAACAAUUUAAGGCAUUUCAGUGAAUUUGAUUAUGAUAACAUUUAUAAAAGUUACUAUGAAAUUAUUAUAUAUGUGCGAAAUAAUACAAAUCGCUUGGAUGAUAUUAACUGGCCGAAGUUUAAAAACUUAAUUAAAAAUUCCCAAUAUACCUAUUGGCCUCAAAAUCAACUUAUUGCUGAGCCUUUUGACUACACCAAUAAUGUCACGGUUAUAACUCUAAGUAAUAAUCCAUUGGAUGAAGAUGCACAAAUAGUUUCGAGUUUUAAAAAAUCAAGCACAAUUAAUGGUAUUGGAAAGGUACUCGGAAUUUUAGUUUAUAAUAAAGAACCAGCACAUUGGAUAUCAAAACGAGAAGUGACAGAAAAAUCCACUACUACUAUUCAACCACAAACAGAUGAGAAUGAUAAGAGUUUUAUUUACUUGGCUGGUGUUUAA